CUGAAGCUGUAUCAGUGCCCGGAAUGUGGGAAACAACUGGGAAGCACUUCCAGCUUAUACAGCCAUCAUUUGCGUUACCACAGCGUCGAAACGCUCCACGUAUGCUGCGUUUGUUCCAAAAAAUGCGUUGCCAACAGCGAAUUGAUCACACAUAUGCGAGUGCAUUCCGGGGAACGACCGUUCAAAUGCAGCGUUUGCAGCCGAGCAUUCAGCCAAAAUAGCGCUUGUGAGCGUCAUAUGCGAAAACAUAUCGGCAAAAAGCCGUACGCCUGCGAAUUUUGUAACAAAACCUUUUCUCGCCUUGAUAAUCUGAAGACUCAUAGCGAAACUCAUAAUCGCUAA